CCGUACACAUGUCCAAGAUAAUCCCCUCCCCCGGGAGCCACCCCGACGUCAAGGCCGACGCACGCCGCGUGUUUGACGUGCUCCGGGCCGGAGGCAUCGCCCUGGUGCCGACGGAGGUGGGCUACGGCCUGAUGGCGUCGUCGAGCGAAGCGGUUGAGAGAGCGUUUGCAGCCAAGCGGCGGCGCCCCGGCCACGCACAGGGGAUCAUCGGCACGCACGCCUUGCAGCGGGCAUUGCACGUGUUGCCUGCGGACAAGCAGGAGAUGAUCCGCACGUUACACGAGGAGAUGGAUCUGUCGUUUGCGGUGGUUGCGCCGUACGACGCCGAUCACCCGAGGCUGCAGCAGCUGAGUGCGGCGACGCUGGCCAACACGACCCAGGACGGCACGGUGGGCGUGUUUCUCGGCGGGGGAUCGUUGCUGGCCGAGCUGGGCCGCCUGAACGACGCCGCGGGCCAGUUGAUGUUCGGCAGCAGUGCCAAUCUCACGGGGACGGGGCAGAAGUUCCGCGUCGAGGACGUCGACGACGAGAUCAAGGACGCCGCCGACGUGAUUGUCGACUACGGCCUGCAGCGGUAUCAUGUCUAUGGGGGGCGGCCGUCGACGAUCAUCGAUUUCGACCGCAUGAAGGUCUUGCGCAUCGGCUCGUCGUAUGAGCUGCUGAGGGAGCGGUUGGCCAAGUACUGGGCGGUUGUCUUGCCUGUGGAUCCGAUGUAUCUUUAA